UGACAGACAGAAGAAGUGUCAUUUGGGUAGACAAGUUGAUGCUUUUUCAAAACCACUCGAGCGAAGUUUCGUAUCAGGUUUCUUCUUCGCGGUCCUCUUAUAGUGCUAGGUUUAUCAGCUCGGCCACUUAACCGUAACAAGGCUAACAAAUUCUGUAAACUCGCCAUGGAUGUUGAGGCCGCGGAGCUCCAGGACUGGGAAGUUCUCUUACCCGACCCGAUUUCGGCUGAUUCGGGUUUAGGUGAUUCUGAUGAGAGCCCAAAGGCUUUAGAAGAAAUCGGAGCCGACUCUGUAGGUACUAUACAUGCCAAUUACUUCUCUUUAGGUACUAGGGAGAGUUAUAUGGGCAGUGUUGCUGAUGUCAAUGUGAGCGAGGCGGGUUCCGAGGCCUCUGACAGUCCGAGUUGGAUUGAUCCCAGGUCGGAGGCCGGAUACCCGAGGAAGGAAUCCGGAGAGUCUUGGCCCGACUCGGGCAGUGACGGGUCGGAGGAUCGGACGUUUGAGGGUAAAGGUGAAAUGGGUGUUCUCCCGAAAGAACCGGUUCGAGAGGGUUUUGAUGGGAUCCAGGAGAUAAGAUGUGGGUGCGGGAAGAACGAUUCUGGUGAUGGAUUGAAGAUUGAGCAGUUUGAAGAGUCCCCCGGAAUUGAAGGAGAUGCAGAUUUGGAAGCUGCGGGACAAAAGAACGAAUCUGAAGCUGUGGAAAGUGCGUGGAAGAAGCCAGAUGAAGUAAAGAGGAGUAGAAGUGUGGUGUGGUGGAAGGUACCUUUUGAUUUUCUCAAGUAUGGUGUUGUGUUCAGAUCUAGUCCUAUCUGGAACUUCUCGGUGGCUGCGGCUGCUGCUUUAGGCCUUGCUUUUUUGGGCCAAAGGUUGAUGUAUAAGAUGAUGUUGAAUAAGAAGAAGAAGAAAGUCAAGAACUUGGAGCUGAAUAUCACAGUGGAUGACAAGAAGGUGUCUCAGUUCAUGAGCGGUGCCACACGUCUUAAUGAAGCAUUUUCCAUGGUGAAGCGGGUCCCUGUGAUCCGAUCACAGUUGCCGGCAGCUGCAGUUAUUCCAUGGCCUAUAAUAGCUUUGGUAUAGGAUGUAAAAACGUUUCAGGGAAACAUGGUUUAUAUAAUUCUCUAUGUUGUAUUUUGUGCUUUUGUAUAAUAUACACUCCUUAUACUAUGUACGUAUACCCUACCCUACACAUGAAUCAACUUCAGUGUAAACGUCAGCAGACAUGUGUACAGUUCGGAUGCUACUCCGUAUUUUAUACUACUCACUAUCUGCUCUUGUUGUCAACACAGGUUAGUGCUCCUACUAAUUAGCUACUGUAAUGAAGUGAAGUAGUAAUAAAAUCCCGAUUCCCGUGCAAAAUGUUUGUGGCAUCUUACACUGUCCACCACCUUGGCUCACUAUAUUUCACAGUGCUCAUCAUAUCACAUCACUUGUGUAAA